AUGGCUCGAGGAAAAUCUCGCUCAAAGCUCUCUGAGCAGGACUUUCCGUACGAAACGAUCAAGAAGGUCGUCGGACACACCCUCGAUCCCGAAACUGCUCUCGUGACUCUCAUAGUCCUUGCCAAAACCAACCGGAUAGACAUUUCUGAAUGGGAUAUCCAAGAACACCUCCCAGCUCUUCUAUACGAGUACUGGGCCAGCUUUAAGGGCAAAACGCGUCAGGACGUGCUUGGAAUUGGAGAGCUAUAUCAUCCGUUCAGAAUCAUAAAACAUCGUCGCGUUCGUGGGCAAUGGCAGGUACUUGUCCAAUGGUUGGGAUACUCGGAUGAGGGCGAAGAUGUCUCCUGGGAGCCCGCAAACAAGAUUCGCGUCGACGCGCCUGAUGUUUUGAUCGACUAUUGCGGUUAUGUAGAUGACGAGAACGUAAAGGCUGCUCUUCUGGGUCCCUUACGCCCCGAGGAGGUUGGAGCAAACGAAACCAAGCCGGCUGUCGACGCGAUUGCGACGCCUGUGAAGCAAAGCACGAAGCGCAAGCGUGAGAGUCUCGUCGAACACACAGACCUUGUGACCGACAAGCGCCGACGCUCAUCCAGGUACGAGUCAACGCCUGCCACGAGAACCCCUGCGAUCAAAUCUUCAACAUCCAAGCGAAGAACCUCGCAGCCUCCUUCCGAAGCCCCUCAGGCGACAACACCCAAACCGAGCUCUGCACGGCGGCAACCCAAGGGGCCCUCAGACGAAAACACCAACCUCAUCCCAUCUCCUGUCCGCACACAACCACAGACACGCCGGAAAAGCACGCGCGCUUCGUCUGUUGCACCUCCUUCCGCCCAGACUCAGCGCUUAAGCCCUGCAGAUAUCCCUCGGACGAUGCUGUGGUUCAUGGACGACUUCACUGUCGGUGACAUGCAAAAGGUCUGCCGCUUCAUUGACGAGCACUGCACGGGCAAACUGCGUCUCCCACUCUACAGUGGUGGUGACUGGGAUGGAAAGGCCGCAAGCGGACGGUGGGAGGAUGUCUUCAUGGUGAGCCCUCUGGGCCGCCUUGGUCGUUACGACAACGAAGAAGAGAAGGAGGAGUAA